AUGCCCACUGCCUCUCGUGACUCACCUUUAGACGCUUGCCUGAGGUGCCAGGGCGAAAGUAAGAAGGACUCCUACGGCAAGCAAGACUGCGUCGUCGUGUGGGGCGAGUGCAACCACAGCUUCCACUUCUGUUGCAUGUCCCUGUGGGUGAAGCAGAACAACCGGUGUCCCCUUUGCCAGCAAGAGUGGUCCAUUCAGAGAAUGGGCAAAUAA